AUGCCUACAAUUGACGAGCUUAAUAACUGGAUAUAUGACGCCCAGAAGACACUAGUACUGGCACAAAGGAUCUGCUCUGAGGCAGAACAGAAAUUAAAGGUAAAUGACUCGGACAUAACGCAUAAAUUACCUAGGAAGAUCUCUUACAUAUCUAACAUAUUCUCUACGAUAAAGGAACUUCAAAGACGAUGCACAUUUAUUGUAGAUAAAUGCAGUACAAUGCAACAAAAGGGACUAGAAAAGGUGGACACGACAUCCUUAGAAACAUUGAUGAUGAUAAUAAGCCAAUUGAGAGCAACGAAGGUGCCUGAGUUUGUCGUUGCCAGUGGCGGAACCCAUCACAGUGGUGGUGUUGGAGGUGCUGGUGUUGGAGGUGGAGGAAAAAAGGGCUUCAACUUAUCAGAUUUCAUUAGUAUAGAAUCCAUUGAUGUACUCAAGCAAAAUGUAGAGGGAUAUGAUUCUAAUUUCAAGAAAAUCAACCAGCUUCUCGCUGAUCAGCAUGCUCAUUUGAUUAAAGCACCGUUUGGUUCCAUUUCCAAAAAGUACACCAAGUUACUUAAAACCUAUAACGACAUUAUGUACGAGGUAAACGCCAGUAAUAACAAUAGCAAUAUCUUGAGGCAAAUAUUGAAGGAAAACUCAAGCUUAGAAGGGGAAUUGGCCACCAUUUUGGAGCAGUUGACGAACCAUUACGAUCAAGUGUUCAGAUUGAGGGAAGAGUCCAUAAAGGAUGCCAAUGCAACAGCUGGAGACUUUUCUGUGCUUGAGAAUGAUGUUUUAGAACUCCCGGAAGUUUCAAACGAACUACAAAACAUAUACGAUAUCAUCGUUCACAAUUCCAAUCGUGCUAGUGAACUUUGUUCCAAUAGAUUCCACUUACUAUCCACCAUAGAAUUUGAGUUGGAGAAACAAGUUGAAUCGUACAAAGAGUUCAAAGACGUUAACAUUAUUAAAUUUGUCACGCUAUAUUCCAAAUGCGCUUCUCAGCUAGAAGCUGUUGAAACCGCUCAAGCCCAGAUGGAUUUGGCCACUGUGGACCAGUUGAUCUUCCAUUACAGGAAAUUCUUGACCGUUUACAAGCACAAUUUCUAUUCUGAACUUCACUACGAGAAAUAUGUGUACCCGAGGAAAUUUUUGAAUAAGUUGAAGAAGUUUCUAAAUGAAGAACUCGAUCAGAUACUGAAACACGAAAGGGAGAGAAGGAAAAACUGGUUAGAAAAGUAUGGCGACUUCAUUCCCAAGGAGUUCCACCUACCUGGAGAGUCUGAACAGCCUUCUAUUGUGCAGGUCAUCACGGAAGGUUUAGAUGAAAUCGGAGGAGAUGAAGAUGCUGAGAUCGAGAGAAAGAUCUUAGACUUGAUCUCCACAGGUAAUAUUUCUAAAGAAAGAAGUUUAGCGGGCGAGGUAUAG